CAAUGAACGCACAAAAUGGUUCGUUUCAUUACUGAACUUCCGUUUAGCGCUGAAAGGCUAAAAAUGGCCGAAGUUGAUUUCGGAGACAGUGAGCUUUUCCAGCAACUGGGGGACUCUGCUCCACCGGUCUCAAGACACAUUCACUUCACAGAGGACGAUGGAGAAAACGAAGAGGCGAGCGAGCUCCGGAGCAGGCUGGAGGAGUGUGAAGAUAACAUCGAGAGGCUUUCUGAGGAGAAUAAAGUGUUAAGACGGAAGCUCAAUAUCCUGACACGACCGAGCGGCAUCACAGUGGGAGAUGUAAACAUCGACGGGCCACUUCUUCAGAUCCUCUUCGCCAACAAUAUUAUAUCAAAACAAUGUCGCCAAGAAAUCGAAGAUUGCGUCUGCAGUGUCAUUUUGAAGCACCAGAAACCAGACAAUGAAAAGAAGAUAUCAGUGUUUCACAUGAAACCGCAGAAUUCAGCUUUUGCGUUGGAUGAAGAUCCUGAUAAGUUGUCUUCCAGUAGUGUGAGAACUACAACAGAAGCCUUUAAAGUUGUUGGGAGUGUUUUAUAUUUUUCUACCUUCAGUGUUGACAAACUUGGACAGCCUCUGGUGAAUGAAAACCCCCAGUUGACUGAUGGAUGGGACGUUCCAACCUACCAGCAGGUUUAUAACCAAGUUAUUGGAACAGAUGGACUAGAAAUGGAAAUUAAAAACAAAAGACCCAAGUCUAUGUGUUUCAACUGUGGCUCCAGCGCUCAUCAGCUCAGGGAUUGUCCCCAGCCUAAAGAUAUGGCUGCGAUAAGUGAAAGAAGAAAAGCAUUUAAUCAGAACUCAAGCCAGGUCACUCAGAGCAACCAGCGUUACCAUGCUGAUGAAGUCGAGGAGCGCUUCGGAAAAUUCAAACCUGGAGUCUUAAGCGAGGAGCUUUUAGCAGCACUGGGAGUAGCCGGUAACACCCUCCCUCCUCUAAUUUAUCGGAUGAGGCAGUUGGGUUAUCCACCAGGUUGGCUCAAAGAGGCAGAGAUGGAAGACUCUGGCUUAUCACUCUAUGAUGGAAAUGUAUCAAAUGAUGAUGUCGGCAGCACUUCACAAAACGUUUCUUACGAUGUUUCCAAACUGGUGGAUUUCCCUGGCUUUAACGUGCCUGCACAUCAAACUAAAGAUGAGUUUAUGCAUUAUGGUUCGAUUCCAAUGCAGACCAGCCACAUGAAGCAAAACUAUGCAGCCUACCUGUCCAAUAACUUCCCUAAGCCUGGUGGCUCCUGCAACAAAAGGCGACAAGAGUUCGACUCAUCCCCUCAUCUCAGGAAGAAGACUAAGUCUAGCCCAGAUCAAAACUCAGACAGAAGCUCGGAUAUGGACAUUGAAUCAGAUCCAGGGACACCAUAUUCAUAUCGAUCUGGUGACUUCCAGUUCCAACCACCCCUACCUCCAGGCUCCCCUUGCUACAGCUCACCUCCUCCAUUACCUCUGGGCACUCCUCCCUCCACGCCUACUCGCCCACCUCUCCCUAAAGGGACGCCUCCACCAACUCCCACCAACGGCUCUCCAGCUCUGCAGAGACGGGAAGUGCAGCUAGCAGAUGAAACUGUCGAGGCAGCAGAAGACGAUCUGACUCUGGAGGAACUAGAAGAGCAGCAGAGGUUGAUCUGGGCGGCUCUGGAAAAUGCUGACACAGCCACGAAUAGUGACAGUGAGACACCGGCUUUAGGUACACCUGUUUCCAGUUCGCCCACUGCUUCCACACCAGCACACAUUGACACGGAAAUGGAAGAUGUUGAUGAGACUGUAGACACGGUGAGACCUGCGGAAUCUUGCUGUGACAGUGAGAAUCAAAAGAAACCGGCUGUACAAGAGAGUUCGACUCCAAUCUAUCGGCCCAUAAAAGUAGAGGACGAAAGUCCUCAGAGCCCCGAUGUAGAGUCUGUCAGACUCCAAGAUGACAGCCCAAAUGCAGAGAUCCCAAAUGACGGGGCUGGAGAUGUUUUGUUUAGUCCUGAGAAGAUCAUAGCUGUUCCUCAUAGGAGCAAAUUUGCAGCUGGCAUUGUUCAAUUUGAAGACACUCCUGAAUACACGGAAGUAGCUGAAGCCACUGGAACGUAUCUGAAAAUCAGAGACUUACUAAAAGGUUCCCCUCGAAGCUUGUCAAAGAGAAAAUGAAAUGUUUGUCACAUUGAUUCAGAACACAACAUGGACAUUUUAAAACCAAAAUUUCUCUUCCUCACUAAACUUGAUCAUUUUUUUUUUGUUUUUGGCCAGGUCAUCUGUAAGGCUACAAGGCACAGUUUAAAUUUCUGCUGCAGUAACAUUACCUUUUUGUAUGCUUUUUUUUUUUUAAUGUAAAUCUGUAAAGUGUUUAAUUUUUAUAUGGUCAUGUUUAAGUGGCUUUUUGUCUUGUCAAAUUUGGCUUGCUUUGAAGGUCUUAAGUAAACAUGCUUGUGUUCUCACUUUCCGCCUUUACUUUACUACUUUGUCUACAUUUUUACUGGGAUGAAUAAAUGGUUACAAAGCAAAGAAACUGGA